UGUUACUGCGUCAAACACGUGGGUUUGUUGACGUAGCUGUCUGAGACAUUGACAUGUGACGCAUUUAUGUCACAUGAGAUGUUUAUACCAGAAGUACUGUCUUGUCUUAACUGUGUACGCUAUAGUAAAUAGCCUCAAUGUGUAAAUCUUGAAGAAUACAUGAUAGAAUUGCAUGAAUGUGGCCCACCAACAAGGUCCUCUCCCUAUUUGAAUGGUUGCCUUUUAUCAGAUGUUGACAGUGCCUACAUUGCCAGCAGAAUGGGAUCAGAGGCAGCAGCGGGUUGUAUCAGUAAGCUCCUGGAGCUGCUACGAAUUCACAGAUUCGUCAUGUCAAGAAUAUGUACAUCGAAUGGGACUGAGGCACACAUGUACUCUUAUGGAACUCCUGGGGCAUUACUGAGGAAGAAUAUUCUCCGUGAAUGGUGGAAUCACAUGGUCUCUUCUGAAGAGAAUACAUUUCCAGUGGAAGCAUCAGUUGUCUCCCCUGAUAUGACAGACUCAGGGAUCAGUCUAACAUUAGGACCCAGGGAAGAAAACUGUAAGAUUUCAGGUGUUUGCCUCACUUCAUCUUUGUCUAAAGAUCUGCUCGACCAUUACCCUCACAGCCUGCAGCAAGUCAACAAAAGACUUCCCUUUGCACAAGCUGCAGUGGGCACAUGCUUUCAGUACAGUCGGCCCGAGUUCGAGGACAACAGACCAUCUCCACACAGGCUUCUCUCACAUGGACUGUGCCGGACACACCUAGUCCACCAUUACUACAGCCCCCCGGGCAGUGCCUCCCAGAAUUACGAUCACUGGCUCAGUCUCAGACUUCGAUGGUGGAGGCAGUUUUCCAGCAAGCCCUCUCAUUUUGUGACCAGUAACAUUGAUGCACCUGAUGGGAAAACCACUUCAUCUAUAGACUAUAUGUUUCCAUGGGGACAGAGUAGCAUAGAAACAGUGUGUAACCAUGGAGAUCAUGAUAUCAAACAGUUGGAAGAGCAGUCAGGACUAAGCCAUCAGGCCCGAGUGAGUAGGAAGAUGGUGUAUCCCCAUGUCAUAGAGUGCCAGACAUCACUAGAAGACGCUAUGGCAGCUUUUCUUGCUGAUGCCUUCCAGGAGAAACAGAUCUUCUCUACAAACAAAACCAUCAAGCAGAACGGUGCCAGAAUGGUUUUACAAUUUCAUCCCCAUUUAGCUCCAUACAAUGUCUCCAUGGUGAACACAGGCUCCAAGUCCAGGGAGCUACGACUCGUAACAAGCCACUGGAGCCAGGAUCUGCGAGAGGCAGGCAUGAGGGUGCUGGACACUGCUGAUGUCAGUCUGACACAGGAGGCUCAGUUCAGACGAAAUGACGAGCUUGGCAUACCAUAUACUGUAGUGCUAAACGAUCAAACUCUCGACACCGGUGUCAUCACCAUACGACAUCGGGACACCAUGUUGAAGGAGCAAGUUCACAUUGCCAAGUUCAAGGAGCGCUUGGUACGCUACACAAGUCCAGUCUAAUGACAAGCACCAUGUGAGCAGGACAGUUGUAUAUCUGCAAGAGUCCUGCUUCUACAACUUACGUCUGAUAAUCAAUAUCAUCAUGGUGCUUUAAUUUCACAAAUUAUGCCUUAUGCCAUUUCCUAUUUCAACUUGCACCAUGUCACCCAUGUUUUUUUCAUUUGAACAAUAGUCAUGCCUUUGCAGAGGGGGAAAAGAUGUACAUGGUAAUUCAGAGGCAGGGGUCAGAAAUUUGUAUCCUAUAUCUUAAAGGAGGUAAAACCUCUUAGACACCUGGCCUUACACAAAUAAGUGAUCAAUUGAAAGAGUUCCAUUGUUCCAUUUGAUAAAAUAAAAAUAGAGUAGCUAUUUGGGGAAUAUAACUUCGGGUCUUCUGUAUAGUGCAAUUUAUUUACUAGGGCUACUAGUAUCCACAAUAAUUUACUGAAUUAUCAAUAUUUUGUCAGUUGUACCAAAGAUGUCAGACAGGAAAUCAAUGUCAACUCCAAUCAACAUUGAUUUCAAUUUACAGAAGUUAAAUUAAAACUAAACAAGACCAAGGGUGAAUUAUGACCUUGAUGAAUAAAAUGAAAAUAAAAACAGACCAAAGCAUAGUUAAGUGUUUGUCUUUAUUUAUACAAUUCAUUUGUUGCUUACAGCAAUUUGGUGAAAGGUUUUUGACAAGACGUCGCAUAUCAUUAUAUCAUUUUUAACAAUGAAACCAAAGAUAGUUGAAUAACUACUCUAUCUGCAUGCAUCAGUCUACACAUGGUUUAAUAUGGUAGAUUACAGCUGUUACGAAGAAUCAAAUCCAGGCACCAUUAUGAAAUAAUGAAUAAAUAGUCUGUACAAAUGAAUGAAAUGGCAAUAACAGUAAACGACAGGGGUCCAUGAUAUCUGGAAGGAGCAGAGAGCUACUAUUCAGUUACGGAGAGUACUUCUAUAACCCAUGUCUUGGUGAGAAGAUCAGCAGUAAACUAAAGCAGCGCCAAUGGUGGUAUUUUACUUACAUGGAUACAGAAAAGGAAAUACCACACCUCUUGACUUAACUGAGUUUGAAAGCAAAGGAUAGUUUUUGUGGAAUAUCACCAUGGACUCUGGUUAGACUGAAUACUGUACAGGUUUUAGUAUAUUGUUUCUGGACCCCUGUCUCGACAGUUAAGAGUGAGGCUUGUACAGUACAUACAGACUAGUUGUAAAGCUGUUCCUAUCACUGGGGUAACAAAGGUCAUCUACCUGAUGCCCCAACAUGGGUUCCCACUCUUACAAACCAUGUAUACAAUUCAAAUGUAUUCACUCGCUUUAACAAAGUCUCGCACUACACGAAUGACACCAGUAGUUGUAAAUCAAGGCUUGCUAAAUUGAUCCAAACAUUUACCGGAUAUUGCUGAAUUUUCAUACUUAUUACCAAUGAUUAUUUUCUGCCUUACAUGAUUACUUCUAGCACAGCAUUAUGGAUCCAGUCCUACAAGUUUGUAAGAGCGAGAUGAGCUAGCGAGAAACAGUGGCUUGAUCAUCAACACAAUAUCUUCCAUCUGGUCCCCAUCGAGACAGCAAAACACACAAUAUGGCAUCAGUAGACAUGACAUAUGUACAAAAUGCACCUAUUAAGAAAAUAGUACUAUCUUAUAUCCCUCACGGAAGUCAGAUAUGCUUCAUACAAUGCUACUGCUGGUUGACAUUUUGAUGUUAACAUGACCGUAACAAAACAAGUGUUGAACUAUACAUUCACACAGACCAUUCUAUACUAUUGUAUGCUACUCCCCGUAAUAUCCAUGAAUUGUUCACAGGCAAACAUUUUGAUGGACAUCCUUAGCCGGAAUCAUUGAUGAUCAAAUACUGGCACUUUUGUAAUUUCUACAUGAUGCACAAUCUAAACCCGGGAGUCUGACACAAGAUCUUAUUUUGUACCCCUAGUGAGUAUACUUGUAAACAAUGGAACCAACAAAAGCAUAUCCUAUAAAAUAAAUUGUAACAAAACUAAAACUAUUGAUAAUGAAUAUUGAACAAUAGAAUUGAUAGUAUCUGUUCACAUCACAUACCUGGGGGGCACAUGUCUAAUUUGAAGCAACAACAUAUUUAAUUUAAUAGAGUAAAUAACACCAUGUGAUAUUGAUGAACCUCAAACAGGCUCUGUAAUUAUAAUUCAAAACAAUUUAAAGUAGAUAUCAUAAAUUAGACAUGUGCCCAUAAACAUACCAAUAAGAAUUUCAGAAUAGAAAGUCCAACGCCCAACCGGCCAGUUAGAAAAUAGCCCAAAUUCCAUUUAUAAAAUACUUUUCAUCACCUUGCAGGCAGACAUACACAACAUACAUUCUGAUGGCUAUAUUAAAAUACCGCAGCAUGAUCAACUUCCUAGCAACAGACCAAUCAAGUAAAGCAUGCUCCUUUGUUGACACAACUAGAAGGGAAGUGUACAGUUCUGUCGCUAGUCUCGUGAUCAGGGACUUCUCAUGAUUAGUGUUAGUAGAUACACGAAUCACCAUGUAUACGACUGCUGGAUCACCCUAGUCAUGUUGACAUGGUUGAGACUAAAAUCACUGGUUAUUU